GAAAGCAUAUCUUGUGUGCUGGGCAGUACUGCAACUCCUUUGAGGAUAUUCAAGAAACAACGAGCCUGUGCAAAAAAUUGAACGUGGAAUACGAUUGGGGAGAUACGGUUUUCAAGUCGAAUGAUACACCAGAAGACGAAGAGGAAGAGGAAGAAGAGAAAUUCACGAGGAAAAAGCCAACGAUGAGGAUAGUUGAAGAUUCGGGCACGAAUAAAUUGAUUGUAGACCAUAAUUUUCACGAAUUUGAUGAUUAACUGGAAAAGGAAGAAGGAGACGAUGACGUAAUCGAUGCAGAUAAAUUAAACGAGACAUUGGGUAAAAUACACAUGAGACAACUUUUGGACGACUACCAGCACGAUGUUCGUUUAUUGAAAGAAAUGCUGCUGGAAGAUGGCGAGCUACACUCAGAUGCGAAAAGACAACGUAAAUUCCAGUGGAAAAGUUAGACCAACGGAGAUGAUUUCUUUAAAAACUACAUAUAGUUACGAUUCGGACGACGAGAUUAAUUUAAACGACAACGACGAAAGUGAAGAGCACUGGAGAAAAAUACGCCACGAACGUGAAACGUUUCUAUCGCAACAGGAGAAAAAAAAAUCGAAACUCAACGAUACAGGCACCGAAAGCGUCGAAAGUACUUUCUCGAGCACGAAAAUCAUCGACGAAAGUAUAGUUAUGAAAGUCGUCCAAUGUACUCAGUCGUUUUCGUCGGGUGACUGCGAACACCUCGAAAGAUAAGCCUGAUCAAGGAUUAUCAAAAAUUAAUUACUACAAUUCAAUGCGGUUCCUUCCUGACCCAGGGUAAAUACUAAACUGCUGUCCAAAAUGACCUUAUCAGUUAGCGAAACCAAAGAAAAUUUACAUGGUGUCAAAAACAGCAGGAAUUUCGUCUUCGGAGCCAGAAGCCCUAAAAAAAAAAGAACAAGUCACAGUUACGCGUUGAAAAACCAUCGGAAACAACUCGCAUUCAGCAGAACACUUGUGAUUUUUUGAUUACUCAUACGUGUUGAAGCAGUGUGACUCGUGUGCCAUAUCGAUGACGAUAAUACGAAAAUCCGAAAAUCAAAUAAAUCCGAACGCAGUAUUUUUCAAAGCUGUGUCAUCACAACGAAACAACAUUCAAUUGCGCCGAUGCAGAUGCCGAUGAAAGAGAUAAAUCAGGCAGGCACCUACACUAUAGGUACAGCAAACAAACACAUUACGAUGUACCUACCAAUCGCGCAUUUCUCACCGAAAAAAGAAAAUUGAAAAAAACUUUAUUGAUCAUUUUCGCAGCUACGAAAACAAAUGGCAAUCGACACAAUAAGUUUUCGUUCCAAAUAAAGAAAAAAAUGCCAAUGGAAAAAUUCUCUAUAUAAUGAAACCAAAGUACCUAUAGCUCAGUUGCACUGUUCUGAAAGCAUUUUUACGAUUACUUUGGUACUUUUCAUUUUAUAACACGCAUUUGAAAUGGCAAUGAAAGUUAUCGGCGUGUAUUUAAUGCUGUCGUAUCUUUUUCUACACAACGACGUCUCGGGUUUCAUACAAAUCACCGAACAGCAAUAUGCUGCUUUUAAUGGGGUAGAUCCUACAACAAGCUGCAAAUGCAACAAUACAAUGAUAGCCAUAUGCAAUAUGCUGGGUAAAAGACCAGGAUUCACAGACGGACAAAAAUGCCAAGUAGCCGGGUUUCCAUCGUGCAUGGACUCAUAUGUAAUAUUACAAAAGACCUGCGGUGGAGGGACAUUUAAAAAACAGAUAAAGAUACUGAUGUGUUCGUGGACUCCGGGAAAAACAUUCAUUCUUGGUAAGGGACAAUCUCCAAAUCACGUGAUGAAUUAUGGUAUUAACAAGGACAGAGAUCUCGAAGGAUUGGCGGAUAUUCUAUACAAAGCAUGUUAGAUUUAAUAGAAAAUUCAAAACCAUAAUAUAUGUAGCUUACCUGAAAAUUUAUUGUUUGCAAAUGUUUUUUUCAUGUAGGUACCUCGUACAUUUAUUGAGUUUGAUUGUUCAAAAUUACGAGUACCUAUACUCUAAUUGAAUACCUAAUAUUAAGUACCUACAUAAUAAAAUUAUGA